CUUUUUCUUUGCGCCUACCCCAAAUCUCUCCACCAUUUAUUUUCCUUACCAAAUCUAGUCUUGAGAAGCUCAGAUCAUUGCUUCCUUUUCUUGUCUGAUCUUUGUCAACCCUACUCUUAAUCCAAGAACAGAGCCAAGGCAAACCCUAUACUUGCUCUUUUCCUUAUCAUAAGCCAGAAUCUUAUGGUCAAAGAACAUCCUUUGGACUAGAUCCUUUGGGACUCAACUACGGUUCUUGCAGCUUGGUGAGUUCUAAAGGCUUAGAUAAGGUGCAGAGACAAGCCAUGGCUGGGCGCACUCUGACUCGUGUUCUUAGUGUUAAGGAGCGUCUCAGUGGUACCCUCUCCGCCAGUCCUAAUGAAUUGCUUGCUGUUUUCUCAAGGUAUGUUAACCAGGGAAAGGGGAUGCUGCAACGGCAUCAGUUGCUUGCCGAGUUUGAAGCAGCAUUCUCUGAAGAUGAGAAGGAAAAACUGAAAGGUGGAGUCUUUGAAGAUGUUCUGAGAGCUGCACAGGAAGCUAUAGUUGUACCUCCACUCGUCGCUCUUGCGAUUCGACCAAGGCCUGGUGUCUGGGAAUAUGUCCAAGUGAAUGUGAACGAGCUUGUUGUGGGGGAGUUAAGUGCAUCUGAGUACCUGCAAUUCAAGGAAAAACUAGCGAAUGGAGAAUCCGAAAGUAACUUUGCGCUGGAAUUGGAUUUUGAGCCCUUCAAUGCCUCUUUUCCGCGUCCUUCACUGUCAAAAUCCAUUGGCAACGGAGUGCAGUUUCUGAACCGUCACCUCUCUUCGAAGUUGUUUGUUGACAAAGAAAGCAUGUAUCCAUUGCUUGAAUUUCUACGGACACACAGUUAUAAGGGAACGGUGAUGAUGCUCAAUGAUAAACUACAAAGUCCUCGUGCCCUCCAAUCUGCACUGAGGAAGGCAGAGCAAUAUCUACUGAGCAUUCCUGCUGAUACUCCAUACUCAGAGUUCAACAAUAGGUUUCAAGAGCUUGGAUUUGAGAAGGGCUGGGGUGACACAGUUCAGCGUGUACUCGAAACAAUGCAUCUCCUCCUUGAUCUUCUUGAGGCGCCUGAUCCCUGCACCCUGGAGAAGUUCCUCGGAACAAUUCCAAUGGUCUUCAAUGUUGUCAUCCUCUCCCCACAUGGAUACUUUGCCCAAGCUAAUGUUUUGGGGUACCCUGAUACUGGCGGCCAGGUUGUCUAUAUUCUUGAUCAAGUUCGCGCAUUGGAGAAUGAGAUGCUUCUUAGGAUAAAGCAGCAGGGGCUUGAUAUCACUCCUCGCAUUCUCAUUGUUACUAGAUUGCUUCCUGAUGCAGUAGGGACUACCUGCGGCGAGCGCCUCGAACAGGUCGAUGGGACACAGCACACGAGCAUUCUUCGGGUUCCUUUUCGAAACGAAAAGGGGAUCCUUCGGAAAUGGAUCUCGCGUUUUGAUGUAUGGCCUUAUCUAGAGACUUACACUGAGGAUGUCGCAAAAGAACUUGCUGAGGAGCUGCAGGCAACUCCGGAUUUGAUCAUUGGAAACUAUAGUGAUGGAAAUCUAGUAGCAUCUUUGCUUGCACAUAAACUGGGUGUCACUCAGUGCACCAUCGCCCAUGCCUUGGAGAAGACGAAGUAUCCAAACUCCGAUAUCUACUGGAAAAAGUUCGAUGAUCAAUACCACUUCUCUUGCCAAUUCACAGCUGAUUUGUUCGCCAUGAAUCAUACUGAUUUCAUCAUCACUAGUACCUUCCAAGAGAUUGCUGGAAGCAAGGACACGGUGGGACAGUACGAGUCUCACACUGCAUUCACACUUCCUGGACUCUACCGCGUGGUACAUGGAAUCAAUGUAUUUGAUCCCAAGUUCAACAUUGUUUCACCUGGAGCCGAUAUGUCAGUCUACUUCCCUCACGUUGAGGUGGACAAAAGACUCACCCACUUCCAUCCUGAAAUCGAGGAGCUACUUUUCAGCUCUGUUGAGAAUGAUGAGCACAAGUUUGUGCUGAAUGACCGAAACAAACCCAUCAUUUUCUCGAUGGCAAGGCUGGACCGUGUUAAGAACCUGACGGGUCUCGUAGAGCUAUAUGGCAGGAAUGCGAGGUUGAGGGAACUAGCAAACCUUGUUGUGGUGGCAGGCGACCAUGGCAAAGAAUCGAAGGAUAUCGAGGAACUAGCAGAGAGGAAGAAGAUGUUCGGUCUCAUCGAGGAGUACAACUUGAAUGGCCAGAUCAGGUGGAUCUCUGCGCAGAUGGACAGAGUCCGCAACGGGGAGCUCUACCGAUACAUUGCUGACACUAAAGGAGCUUUUGUGCAGCCUGCUUUGUACGAAGCUUUCGGGCUCACGGUGGUGGAAGCCAUGACCUGUGGCUUGCCCACAUUUGCGACUGGUUAUGGAGGUCCUGCAGAGAUCAUUGUUCACGGGGUUUCUGGCUUCCACAUCGAUCCUUAUCAGAAGGACAAAGCCGCCGAAAUCCUGGUUGGCUUCUUCGAGAAGUGCAAGGAGGAUCCCACCCACUGGGAUAAGAUCUCGCAGGGAGGACUGCAGAGGAUCUACGAGAAGUACACUUGGAAGCUGUACUCCGAGAGGCUGAUGACAUUGGCUGGUGUGUAUGGAUUCUGGAAGCAUGUCUCCAACCUCGAGAGACGCGAGACUCGUCGUUACCUCGAGAUGUUUUAUGCUCUCAAAUAUCGUAAAUUGGCUGCUUCUGUUCCUCUGGCUGUCGAUGCGGAGAGCACUGUCGAUGGACAGAAUGUUUGAAGCUGCUGCUGCUGAAGAGAGCUUCGAAGAUGGACCCAACUGAUGUCGGACAGAGUGAUUUGCUGUGUGUUUGUUUAGAGAUGCAUUAAUAAGAUGUGAGGCCAUUCUCUUUCAUGUCAUCAAGACAAGAGUUCAUGUCAUUCCAAUUGUGGGGCAUUUUCUUCCUUUUUUAGAUGUAAUUCUACCUUGUAAGGUUCAAGGACAAAGUUCCUGCAAUAAAAUUUGUGCUUUGUUUGUGUUGCUUCA